AUGGUAGAUAUGCGGAAUGAUGGGGGCCAGGCCAACCCGUUGCCUACUGACGAUAAUGACGAUUCGAGAUCGCAAAGAUUUACUGCCGUUAACAAUGGAGGCGGGAAUGGGAAUGGAAGUCUGACUGUUGUGAGUCACCGACCUCAACUGCCACCGAUAGUUCCACAGCCCCAGCCCGUUCGAGAUGGUGUGAGCAAUAGUUCGGCUUCAACGGUCAACUCGGCCGAAGAGCAGUGGCGGCAAGGCGUUCGUUCUGGAUCCGUGGAGAUGUCGGGAACCUCGCAAAAGCGAAAGAGAUCACCGGAAAUCUCGAGUCAACAGAAGCGGGCGAUUACCCCUACUACACAAGUUACACAUCAUCAUUUAGCUGCACACGAAGCAGCAAUGGCAGAAGAAAACUCGGGUAAUGCGCACCAUACCAACCACCACCGAAACCAAUCCAGUCUGGGCCCCGACGAUCACACUGGUAAUUACAGCGUGGAUGAGGAAAUGAAGGGUAAUGAUGAUGGUCGUACAAGAGCUGGCACUCAAGAUGGAUCUCCACCACCUGGGACUGCACAUGGAGAUCCCAAGAAACGGAAGAGAGUGUUUAGCAAUCGAACAAAAACUGGUUGUAUCACCUGUAGACGAAGGAAGAAGAAAUGCGAUGAAGGAAAACCAGAAUGCAGCAAUUGCAAGCGUGGUGGCUUUGUGUGUGAAGGUUAUUCUGGAAAGAUUAACUGGCAGAAGCCCCCGGGAAAGAGUGGAAACCCGGGGACAACGCCUAUCAGCAUUCAAUCAAAGACCGAACAGCCCGAAUCAACAUCAGCUUCACCAACUCCCAUUCAUAUCUCAAGUGUGGUUCCAAAACAGCUUCAACACCGGCCAGAAGAAGUUCGAAGAACUUACCCCUCAGUUGCCACAAUUGUGAUUGAUGAAGCUAAGCCCGACGACUCAAUCUCGUCUAUAAGACAGCAGCAUGUUGGUUCUUAUUCAAACGAGCAGCAGACAGCAGCAGCUAGUCAUCAGUCAUAUGCGCCUGCAUCACAGCAACAGCAGCAGCAGCAACAACAACAACAGCAGCAGCAACAACAGCAGCAACAACAGCAGCAACAACAGCAGCAACAACAACAACAGCAGCAGCAACAACCUUCAUCUAUGACACCUACCCAAGUUACGAAUCACAACACUUCUAUACCGAUGGCAGCGAUAUCUGCUGCUAGCGGUUCUACACUUCCACGUCAACGUUCUGAAAAAGAAAAGAUGCUGAGUUCAGAACUAUAUCAAGCUAAUGCACCUGAGCUUAUCGAGGAACGUGAAAGAUGCAAAGGUGCUUGUAUUAGAUUCAAUAAUGCAAGUGAUCCGAAUGUUGGUGUUUCAAAGGUCGAGACGGGAAGACUAUUACUUGAAGUACUCCGACCAGGAGAGAAAUGGGCAGUGAUGAUGCAAAACACCCAGGGGGCGCCUCCAAAAUAUGUCAACGAAAAAGGUGCCCCGUGCGAUAUAGUCGAUGUGAAGAUUGACGCACCAUUUACCUGUAGCUAUGGGUACAAUAUCCGACUAGGGAAAGAUGUACACAUUGAAUUUGGUUGUACAAUUUUGGAUAGCUGUCUCGUCACAAUAAAGGCGCGGACUAUAAUAUCACCUAAUGUCAGUAUCUUUUCAGCCACGCAUCCUAUAGACCCCAGAAAGCGCAAUGGAGCCCAGGGGCCGGAGGUGGCAAAUCCAGUUAUGAUUGAAGAAGAUUGUUGGAUAGGGGGAAAUACUAUUGUAUUAAGCGGGAUCACUAUUGGAAAAGGAUCUGUUGUUGGCGCUGGUAGCGUUGUAACCAAGGAUGUUCCACCAUUCACAAUAGUCGCAGGGAACCCUGCCAGAGUUGUCCGUGGAAUCUACCAGAACGGUAUAGACAUGUGA